UGACAUGUUUACCAUUGAGAUCUUCUGUAAAUUGUGUAGCUAAACGUUUGAAACAGAGGAGGCGUUGGUAUUAAAUUUAGAGUGUGUGGUUCGGCUACAGUGUUCAGCUACAGAACGUUAGGCUUAAUGCCAAUUAAUUGACAAACGUCAGGUGUUUAGCUUGCUGGUUAACUUACCUGCUAAGUCAGCUAGCUAACGCAGCUAGCUGAUAUUUGCUGAUGGCAUAGUUGCUCAUGCUGAAAGUGGAGCGACAUGUGAACGGAGAUGGCAGUGGUGUUUUUUGCUUUUUUUCAGCAUUAUCAACGGGCGAGUAUCCAGUGGAACAGUCUGGAGCUCCACACCUGCCCCGAGAUGAGGCACACUCGCUCCAUUUCACAUUAGACACAGUCCACCAUGGGCUCCUUGGAUUUCAUACCACCCCACAGAGCCACUUGAAAGAGACCAGUAUUUCUCAAAGAUGAGACAUAGUCAGGCAGCAUUCCUUCGGUGCCCUGGGGAUCUCCGCCGAAGAAGAGAACAUCAUUCACAAAGACUCAGAUACGACAGCAUAUGCUACCCUCAUCCCCCCCACCAAACGAUCAAAAGGGAGCAUGAAAAAACAGUGACAGACAGAUGGGUAGACUCACAUUACUCUGCAGGCGUACCUCUCAGUGUCGGAGGUGAACGAGUGCAGAGAGAGGAGCAGUGCAGAUGUUCUGAUCGGACAUGAUGAUAGUGCACAUCAGCCUCUUGUCAACUCUGCUGAUCCUUUUUUUUUUUCAGCAGAACAUGUCAGUCCAUCUGCUCGACACGCUAGACACAUACUGUAUAUCUAUCCACAGCCUUUCAGUGAUUUCAGUCUCGCUUGGCUGUGGCUGUCUGUGUUUGGUCAAAGGGGGCUGCAGACAUGAAUGUGCUUGAUAAGCUCCGGCAUAGUCGUGUUUAUUGAACUUGAUACACUGCUCAAGGGCAGACCACCUUCACUCCUACUCUUCCCCUCGUCUCUCGGUGUUAUUGUAACCGCAGCUGUAGAGCGCAAUAGCAGCAUUCGCUGACAGACAAUCAACAAAAUGUGGUAUGACAGAGUUGGAGAGGCAAAUGACUUCAUUAAUUCAAGGGCUGCGCAUAUUUUUAGCAACUUGAUUUAAUCUGAUCUCACGCAAAACGGACUUAUAACAACCUAGGACAUUACUGUUGCCGCUUUGCUGCAGCGGCCCCCCUUCCUCACUCUGCAUUUACAUUACAGAGAAGCACAAUUUUAGGAUCAAAAGAUAACGCUUUGAGCACAAUAAUGAGAUGAGAUUGGCCGGAUCUGUCAUUUCUGUAGGCCACUUUUCUCCUCCACAACCACAUGGUGCGGCUUAUGGACAGAUACAGAGAGAGAUGAGACAAUACAGAACAUAAUGUUCAGACAAAAAAAAAAGUAUUGGCUUAAACUUCUUCUCAUGAGGUCACACCAUUCACAUAUUAUGCAAUAAAGUGUUUUCCCAAAUAACCAAACAGCUAAUUUAAUUAGUCUGUGGAAUAGACUGCAUUUAAAAAAAAACUUAAUCUAAAGUUUAAUAAUGAAAGCCUAAUCUAAAGCCCACUCUAAAUCUUUUCCAGGACUCAAUUAGCCUUUAAUUAGUCUAAUAUGGUGUGAAAAUGUUUUGUGGGGUCAUAUAAGUGCCCAGUGUCUGGCGCUGGAGGGCAUGGAUCAUUUCCCGACUCUGGAAAUUGAGUCAGAGUCAAACUGUGUCCUGCCCUGGCUUAUUACUGGCUGAGAGGAUCGCCCAUCCCAGCAGCAUAAUUCCAUCUGGGCUAAAUAUUUAUACAGAGGGGGAACGACAUCACUUAUCCACAACACAUUCAUUCACGUAAGGGAGAGCUACUUCCAGAGUGGAGUCAGAGUGAUCCGUUCGGCUUGGAACAUCGCUGCUUCUUGCUGAUAUUUGCUCAGACAAGCUUUUCAGAAAACACUUUUUGUAUCAACUAGAGAACAACAAUGAGCUUCUUCUUCUGUGUUUUUGGAGUGAUUCUCACUUUGCUUCAGAUUGGGAGGAAUCCUGCCAGCGCUGGGAUGUGCUGGCUGCAGCAGAGUCAGGACCAAAGGUGCGACAUGGUGCUGAUGAGAGGGGUGACCAGAGAGGAGUGCUGUGCUGGGGGCCGCCUGGACACAGCGUGGUCCAACACCAGUCUGCCCAUGAAUGAAGUCAGCCUGCUGGGCUUCCUGGGAAUCGUCUCCUGUAAACCAUGCAAAGAGACUUGCGAGGGAGUCAAAUGCAGUCCUGGAAAGGUUUGCAAAAUGAAGAUGGGAAGGCCCCAGUGUGUGUGCUCUCCAGACUGCUCUCACAUUACCCGGAAGCACGCUGUGUGCGGCAGCGACGGAAAGUCGUACAGGGACGAGUGCACUCUGCUGAUGGCCCGCUGCAUGGGACACCCGGACCUGGAGGUCAUGUACCAAGGAGACUGCAAAAAGUCAUGCUCCAAUGUGGUGUGUCCAGGCACCCACACCUGUGUGACUGACCAGACCAACAGCGCUCACUGCGUCAUGUGCCGCACAACUCCCUGCCCAAUAUCCAUGCUGUCUGAGCAGGCGAUCUGUGGCAACGACAACAUCACAUACCCCAGCGCCUGCCACCUGCGCCGGGCCACCUGCUUCCUCGGCCGCUCCAUAGGAGUCCGCCACUAUGGCCAUUGCAACAAUCCCCCUCGGAAAGCUAACAACUCAGUUGGCAGCGAGGAAAACGCAGUCUAGACGGACAAGUCCCGACACAGCCCAUGUUUCAAGAAGAGUUUCCAAGUGUCACACCACUAGCUUCCUAUGAUGACCUCUUUUUUUCCACCCCCCCCCCCCUUUUUUUUUUACUCAAAAUGACAAUACAUUUUAUAUGGAAGACCUCUGUUGGAAGACAUUCAUUAGUGUAACUGCCUCAAAAAGCACCACAAAAACCUUUGUGUAGAACAGAGGCAGAUGAUCACAUGUGUCUCGAGGUAGCGAUAUCUCCUUGACUCUUUGGAGGAUGUGUGCAUAUUGUAAAUAGAAUACCACUGCUAUUUAUUGGAGAAGGUAUCAAACUCUAUUUAUGUUUUUAUCCUAGCAACAAAUCCAUAUAUCCUUGGGAAAGCUGAUGCAAAAAAAAUUAUAUAUUUAUUGUGUUUUGUUUGUUGUGUAUAUACAAUAGCGGUCACUGGCAUUGGUGUUUUACAACCUUUUUAACAGUCUCCAUUCCCCCGCAAACAAACAGUUUCCCCUCACGAGCUGAUGGAAGGCAACGCUAAUUUGUUUAGAAGAUUCAUACCACUUCACAGCCUACCAGUGUGGUUUCAGCUCACCACAAACAACAACAACAGGAUAACUACAGUUGUACCGUACGUACUUUAGCUUAUAUCUGGAGGUGAGGAAGAGGUCCAGCCUAAACAAACCUGUAUAGUCUGUCUGCCCCCACACAUGUUUACUCUGGAUCCUGAUCCAAACCAACGACCACCCGGUGAUCACUAAAAAUUAACAGUUUGGAGUCUCAGAAAACUGUUGGUACAAACCCCAAAACAUUAACAAUACCUCCUCUGUUGAGUGCUUGGCUUUGUUUUUCUCGGUGCAUUUUUGUAGGUCAUGCUCGUCUUUUUUCCGUUGCUGUUCUGCUGCUUUGAUUCGAUUGGGUAUUUUUUUUUUAAAAAGAACCUCUGAACAGACAAAUGUUAAUUGCACCGUCGCUGAACAGAAAAUUAAAUUUGUCUCAGAACGGACCCAAAUUUAGGCCUUACUUGAUUACACUGACAUCGGAGAUGACAGGGCGAACCUGGCAGAUAUCAACACAAAUGGCCAAUUUCAAGUGGUCAAGUGAUCCGUUGAAUCUUAAAGCUCAAAGUAGAUUUAUGAAUUACUUUCAAUAAUCUUUUUUAGUGUAUUACGCAUCUUUUCAACGACCCUUCUGUAAAUAGCAGUCUCGUGUGUACCUACCUGUGUACCUACUGUGAACUUUGAAUGAUGAAUGCAUCGACAUAUUUUUGUAUUUUUGUACUGCCAUUUCAAAAACAACAUAAAGUUUAUUAUUUGCCACA